AUGAAAUCUAGGAAUGCUUCGUCCUCUUCGUCUUCAUCACUCAACACUUCAAAUGCAACACCUGUGAAUUCUAUUUGCUGCAUUGAUGGAUGCAGUCGACCAUCCUCAAUACGAAAUUUUAGUUGCCUACAAGGAGUGUGGCAAGUAAAGCUCGAGCAUGCAAAUAGCCCUAAUAUUGAGGGUCUAAAGAUUUGUACAACUCACUACAAUGAAGACUUGCGACAACAUCCACGAGUGGCUGGUCAAGGCAACAAUCACCACACCACUCGGAAAGAUAAGCUUCGGAAACAACGGUUGCAAGAAGAACGAAAGCGUCUUCUCGAGCAAAGCAUCUCACUCAAGAAUAAGGAUUCACUGGGAACUCCAGAUAGUGAUCAACCCACCACCAACCAUCUUCUCACCAUCAGCAGCAACAGUAACAACAAUUACAGCAGCACGGAUGCAUUUCCUAGUAGUAGUAAUCAUCAUCAACAACAACAUCUUUCUCAACCACAUGUGGAGCAACAUCACACCCGACUGAAACGCGGGCAUAAACGAGAGUUUUAUGACAUCAACGAUCAAGUCACUACCACCACAACCACACCAGCUGUGGAAUCUGAGGCAAAUUCACCGUCCAACUCGUCCGUUUCAUCCUUGUCUGACGACUACGAUUCUGAUACAUGCAUCAACAGCAGUAGCAUGGUUGUGGUUUCACAUGAGGGUACCUCUCCACUUCGGCCGUGCUCAUCAUCGGAGGACAACACGAUCACAUCUUCCUCGCGGAAUCAUCACCAUAAAAAACAAGAAGAACACACUUCGAAGCUGCUUUCAGUGGUGGAUGGACAUUUGGUCAAGUCUGCAACAUCAUCCUCAUCAUCGAUUAGCAACAACAAACGAAAACAAAAUUCCAAUCAUCGAAAAUCGAUCAACAAAAAACAAUCCAACAUGACCGAGCAGGAAGAAGAUUCCGAGUACAUUCUUAUGGAUACCAAACAAAUAUUAUCGAUUAUUGAAAAUCAUUCUGGAGUUGCAAAUUUUGUUCCACACGUUUCAAUGGUUUAUAAUUUAAAUAAUUCCUUCUCCUUCAAAUAUGAUUUGACACUCUUUAGAGAAAUGAUUCGGUUACGACCUCUCAACAAGUAUUAUUUGAGUUUUGAAGACAAUUUUCGAACCUAUAUUUUGAGAAUGAUUCAUCCUUCUUCCUCUUUGAGUGUUGAAUCGAGUUCAACAAGCACAACAUCACAACGUCACGUUCCUAAAAUUCUAUUUUCAUUGUCCGAGAUUGUUACAUCAUCUCAACAACAAACAAGUAAUAGUACUCCACAGCAAACAAUGAACAGCGAAUCUAAAGAUGAAAGUAUUGACACAACAAGUCAAGUGGAAAACAUUUUAGAAAAUAAUAUCGAAUGGCUUGAAUUACAAUGGGGUCUUUCAUCAUUGAAAGUUAGAGAACGAGAAAUUGAACUUAGAUGCUUCCAAUUCUACAAAUAUUCGUAA